AUGGCUCGUCUCGAGGUGCGUCCUCACAUUGAUGAUAUACUCCUGCCACACAGUGUCCCUAUUAAGUUCGAUAAUAGGCUGCGCCGAAAGCUUAGCUGCGUUGAGUACUACGACGUCGAUGGGGAUGAUUUCGUUGGCUAG